GUUACUGAGUUAUAACUAUAGUCUGUUCUCCCUCAGUUGAGAGCUCUCUGCCUGUUGACCCUACUUUCAAAAGGUCUUAAAUCCAUUCUGCCUCUAUUUCGAGCUCCAAUGUCCGCUUCACUUCGCCAAAAGCCGGAGAGUAUCUCCAUCAGUCCCCUCCUUAAGAAGCUUGCCUACCCCGCGUCCGAAGUCGCGGUAGAAGCUUCAGAAAUCGCUUCAGCAUUCGCAUUGAUUUUCGAAGAUCGUCUUUCAGAUAUUCAAACAGCGGCCCUGUUGACUCUACUGCACUCAACUGGAAAAGAUCGAGAUGCGGAGGUUAUUGCAAAGUGUUCGCAUCAGAUGAGAGAAGCCGCUCGCCAGGUCAACAAAACUGCUUUGAGACAAGCCAUUCAAGCCCGUGGCAGGAAAGAAGGAACCUACCGAGGUGGUUUGUGCGACAUUGUUGGAACCGGCGGUGAUUCGCAUUCCACCUUCAAUAUUUCCACCACCUCUUCUAUUCUCGCCUCACCGCUCCUCAUGACAGCUAAACAUGGAAAUCGGGCUCAGACUUCGUUUUCUGGAUCGGCUGAUGUCCUCAAUGCCAUCUCUCCCGUUCCCCCCAAAAUCUCCGCCGUUACUGCCCAGAACCUCCACGAAGUGUACGCCGCUACGAACUAUGCCUUCCUUUUCGCACCUAACUUCCACUAUGGCAUGAUGUAUGCUGAUAAUGUGCGCCGAAAUCUUGGCUUACGAACAAUCUUUAAUCUUAUGGGCCCCCUCGCAAACCCUGUCGAUUGGGCUAUCGAGGCUCGUGUCGUCGGCGUAGCCUACCAGGCUCUUGGGCCCGUGUUUGUUGAGGCUUUGCGCCAGAAUGGAUGCAAGAAGGCACUCGUUGUUUGUGGCAUGGAAGAUUUGGACGAGAUCAGUUGUGCUGGGAAGACCAACUGCUGGCAAUUGUCCGAAAUCCCUAACCCAGAGUAUACCGAGGGAGAGGAUUCCAAUGAUGACGAGGAGCGUGUCCCCCGUACCAUAGCCAAAUUGGAAUCAUUCCAAUUAGAGCCCGCCGAUUUCGGCCUUCCGGUCUACCCUCUGACCGCCGUCUACGGUAGGAAGAUGCCCAAGGAGAACGCGGCAAAGCUGAUGAGCAUCCUACGGAACGAACUGCCUCGGGAUGACCCGAUUCUGAGUUUUGUUCUUAUGAAUGUGGCGGCUCUUUUGGUGACUUCGGGAGUCUGUGAAUCGGACACCAGCAACAUGGGUCCUGGUGACGAUGGCCAAGUGAUCACCGAGCGCGGCCCAGGUGGUGGCCGUUGGAAGGAAGGUGUCCGGCGUGCACGCUGGACCAUUGAAAGCGGCGCCGCUCUCAAAUGCCUCGAGGGUUUUAUUGAAGUAACCAACAAACUUCAGUAAAGGCUACGAGUAUAUGUAUUUCGGAUCUCUCUUUUUAAAUUUUUUUUGUGAUAUUGGAAACGGAUUAAUGAAAAAAAAAGGAAAGGGAAAAAAAGGUUUUUUUUUUUUCGGUAUAUGAUUAUUAUGUUGGAUGAAAUCAUUAUAAAGAUAUUUUCUGGGGAAUUUCUGCAAAAGUUGGCCAAAAAUAGUCUGUAAGUCGCUAGAUAUCAAGGACUAUUGUUCAUACUUGUCUCCUCUUCUUCAACAAGCCAUGUAAGACAACCAUUGCAGUACUGCAUAAUGUACUCUUGAAUCACUCAAAUCCCAAAGCGCCAACAAAUGCACGUAAAAAAAAA